AUGCAUCUUAAGGGGGUGCCUGAUGAGAUAAUGUGUAGAGCCUUCCCUACCACCCUUAAGGGUCCGGCGCGAGUUUGGUUCAGUAAAAUACCCCCAAAUUCGAUGAGUUCUUUUGAAGAGUUGAGCAAGUUGUUUGUUAACAAUUUCAUUGGGGGACAAAGGCACAAGCGUUCCUUGUCCAGUCUGUUGACAAUAGAGCAGGGAGAGAACGAGAGCCUUCGGUUAUUUAUCACCCGUUUCAACAGAGAAGCUCUCAGUGUGGAUGAAGCAGAUGAUAAGCUCCUACUGGCAGCCUUCCAUAACGGGGUGAAUUCGGAUCUGUUUAUACACAAACUCUAUGAAAAAGAGCCCCAGUCCAUGGCCGAACUCGCCCAUUCGACUCAGAAUUUUAUGAAUGCAGAAGAUGCGAUCAUUGCUAAGAAGAGAAAGAGGUCUGAAAGAAUGGACACAAAUCCCAGUCGCCAUCACGAGCAAGGUACUCGUCCAAAGAAGGGACGGACAGAAGAAAGGAGAGACCGAGAAAGUAAGAAGCCAAGCCCUUCAGUACGGAACCAGCAAUAUACCCCUUUAAACGCCCCACUUGAGCAAGUCCUUAUGCAAAUCAAGGAUGAUCCUUCCCUGAAAUGGCCGAAGAAAAUGAAGAGGGAUCCCAACAAGCGCAAUAGGAACAAGUAUUGUCGCUUCCAUAGGGAUCAUGGUCAUGACACAGAUGAGUGUUUUGAUUUAAAGCAACAAAUUGAAAAUCUUAUAAGGCAAGGGAAGUUGAGGGGUUUCCUUGGACAAGACCAGAGGGACGAGAAACAGAAAGGGAAGAUAGAAGAAUCAUCACGACCACCACUCGGGGAGAUAAGAGUCAUUAUUGGGGGAAGUUCAACUGGCCAGUCGUCCAAGUCCAAGAAAGCAUACUUAAAGGUAGUACAGAGCAUCCAACUUUCUGGACGAUCACCGAGAGCAAGGUCCAUGGACAAGCAGGCAAUCACCUUCACGGACGAGGAUGCUGACUGA